AUACAAUGACUCAUUAGUAUAAACAUUAAACACAUAGACAGACAAACUACAAAACACAUGGCAAGGGAAAUGUACCUAAUAGCAGUAAUUUUGACAAUGCUAGGGGUGGCCGGAAUUCAUGGACAGUGGGGAUCAAUUUGCAGUGAUAUAGUAUUUGGGUUCCAAACCUCGUGCAGAAUCUCUGAUGAUAUCAAAGAUGACAUGAAAGACUUCUUGGAGACACUUGUAAGGUUCCUGGAUCGCAUCGGUGCUCCUGAUAGCAACAAUAAACGUUCAACGCAGAUCGGUUUGUUUGCAUAUGACAGUGCCUCUCGUAAGGCAUUUGGAUUUGGGGAUGCAGUUACCCAAAAUGACGUAAUCAAUGCUAUAAAGGAUUUUGAAUAUGGCGCUGAAGACUGUGAAAUGGUUACAAGCAAAGCUAUCGACAUGGCAAGAGAAGAUUUCUUCGAGACUGGUAAACAAGAUAGUCGCGGCCCAAAUGUUCUCUUUCUUCUGACUGAUGGUCAAACCCAGCUGAAAUACAUUAAUGAAACAAAGGCCUCGAUCAGUCGGCUCCGUGCCAAGAACAAUACAUACGUUUUCAUACUCCAGUUACCUUGGAAAAGCGAUACAACUGGAUUUGGUGAUAUGAUCGAUGAAAUCGGUAUUCUUGCCGAUGAAGACAACAUAUUUCCAUACUCAGAAGAAAUGAGUGCCUUAAAUGCAUUAGCCAGAACUGUGUAUGAUCGUUUUGAAAUGUUAUCAGAUAAUAUGAUGUGCCCAGAGACAGAAAUGAUCCCCAGCAUAUGUGACCAAGAUCCCUCCUUAGAUAUUCUCAUAAUUCUGGAGCACUCAAGUAAAAGGAUACCCAUAAAUGCAACCUUCGUACGCAAUGCAAUGAGAAAUCUUGUAGUCAAUGGGUUCCCAAAUGUUGGGGAGAUUGAACACUGCGUGAAAUUUGCUCUUCUUACGUACAAUAAAAAAGUAACGACCGAGAUGCUAUUUAAUGAUACAGCUUCAAGCACUUUAGCAGGAACGCUAGCUGCAAUUGAUAGUGCCUCGAUGAUGCUUAGAAGAAAAAAGAGUCGUAUUGAUCUUGCGCUUGAAUACGCAAACAAUGUUGUAUUUACGCCUGCCUGGGGAGAUCGACCUUUUGCUCACAACCUGGUUGUUCUUGUUACACAUGGAGUGACGAUGGAAGGUAAACGCUGGGUAAAUACGAUCAGAGCUGCUAAGGCUCUCAAGGAGAGAUCAGGAAUGGAGGCAGUCGAAAUUUUUCUACUCGUACUUCCUGGUACCCGACCUAUGAAACUGGAAGACCAACAGGAGACUUGGGGAGCAAUUUCAUCAGAGCCAAUGGACACACAUUUUAAGGGUUUCUAUGAUGUCAAAGAGCUACCAGGUUUCAUUAAUGAACUUGCACACAAAAUUUGCAACAGCACAGGAUACAAAUAAAAGACUCUAAUAUUUUUAAUGUUUAAACUAAAAUAGGUGACACACAAUGUAUAUUGAACAGCAUUAUUAACCUCAUCCCAAUCUCUUGUGUUUCACUAAUAUUGCAGUUUCUCAAUUCCAAUAUAAACAAUACUUAUUGCAAUUGCCAGAUAAAGAAUCUAUAGCUAAAUUGACACUGCGGGAAAUUAUAAAACAUCUUGGGAAUUCUUAAUGGCCAAUUUUUAAAUGUUUUCUGGAGCAGUAUAUUAUGUGCAAAUACAUCUUUAUUCUAAUGAAGAACUAA